AUGAACUCCUCGCGCAAAACUGCAUCGAUCUUUACACUCCCACACUACCGCAGCGCACAUUCGCAUGACACAGAGGGACAGGAGUACAGGAGUAUCCCAGUGAACGAUGAUGCCAGAUUUCGGAGCCCCGUAGCCUGCCUCGUGCAGAAGUCGGUCUCGCAGAAGCGAACUGUGGCUGCUCAUUCUGCUGGUCUCCCGUUGCUCCGCGCGUCCCGUGUGACAUGCUCUGCUGAAAGGCCCCACAAGAAGGCUGCUCUUGCCAUCUCCACCACCUUACUAGCCACCGCGACGGCCGCGCUGCCGUCCGUCGCCGCUGUAGAAACCAUUUUAGGAGGCGAGGGAACCGGCUUGCCUCUAGGCCUAAGCGACAAUAACUUUACGUGGGUCGUCGCUGGGGUGUUCACUGGGGUCUGGGCACUAUUCUUUGUGUACCAGAGCAAGCUUGCUGACGGUGACGAUGACGCUGGCCUUGGUCUGUAA